AUGCCCUACCAGCAGCCAACUACCGGGGCGCCAGACCCUUAUGGUCGCCAGCUCGAUGGGCUCGGGGGCGGCAUCUCGAGCCUAUCGAAGGUGUGCGUUGUCGGCAAACCGACACACCCCGACGCGGACGUCGACUACACCUUCGUGUCGCUUGGUGUCAAAAACACAGAUGUCGACUAUUCCAGUAACUGUGGAAAUAUGAUUAGUGCCGUGGGGCCUUUUGCGGUCGACUCAAGGAUAUUCUCUCCGUCACAGGAGAACCUUGACCAGGCAUGCGUUCGCAUUCACAACACGAAUACCGGAAAGAUCAUUCACGCCUUGUUUCCCGUUGUCGAUGGUGAAGCAGCUUCCACUGGUGACUUCUCGAUUGAUGGAGUUGCAGGGACCGCGGCUCGUAUCCAGUUGGACUUUAUAAACCCUGCUGGGUCGGUCACGGGUAAGCUAUUGCCAACGGGUCAGGCUAUUGAUAUAAUUGAUGGUACCCCGGUGACUUGUAUCGAUGCAGCCAACCCUUGUGUCUUUGUUCAAGCAUCGCAUCUCGGCGUGCAUGGAAACUUAAAUCCAGAUGAAAUCAAUGCUCACCCUGGUCUACUAUCACGCUUGGAUUCUAUUAGACGCCUGGCUGGUGUGAAAAUGGGUCUUGCAGAGACACCGGUUGCGGUCACGGGCAGUAUACCUAAGAUCUGUCUGGUUUCUGUGCCUUCUAACUCUGAAGCGAGGGAUGUUGAGCAGAGGCAGACAUCUGCCCAUGUUGAUAUCCUUGCUCGUGCCUUGUCUGUUGGACAGCCGCAUAAAGCAGUUCCUAUCACCGUGGCUCUGGCUUUGGCUGCCGCCGCAAGGGUAUCUGGGAGUACAGUCGCCCUUUCUGUUUCAGGUAAAGAUCCCAUCGAUGAUGCGGGUCUCACUAUUGGUCAUGCUAGUGGGAACCUGUUGGUUGGUUCCAAUUUUGACACAGCCGGUGCGCUUGCAUCGGCAACUGUUUUCCGUACUGCCCGACGACUAUUCGAAGGGCGGGUAUUCUGGAAGACGGAGGAUGAUCUGCGGGGUUUUUGA